AGCGAAAUUUUAAUGUUUAUAAAUUAUUAUGGUUAAUUAAACUCUUUGAAAAUGAAAGGAUGCGUUUAAUAUUUUCAAUGUAGACUGGAAUAAAGUGAAUAUAAAAAAUUGUUGCAAAAAAAGGAAAUUAGAAAAAAUUUUUUAAUGUCCAGAAUAAUUAGAAAAUGGCGGUUGUGAUGGUGUGUCUGACUGAUAAUUUUUCUUUUCGAUUUUUAUUAUUCCGUUUUUUUUUUAUGUACCUUUGAAUAUUUAACGCAACGACAUUUAUAGAAUGAUAUAAAUAAUUUAAAAAGAUAAAAAAUGGAAACAAAUAAAUUAUUAAAUUUAAUACGUAAGAGGACUACUAACUUUAUAGUUGGAAUAGAAAAGAAAUUCAUUUAAAUUUUAUAUUAGCUAAAAAUUAAUUAUAUAUAAAAUAAUUACAUAUAAAAUAAUAAUAUUAAUUAAUUAUUAUUUGUCGUCGGUUUAAAAAAGAAUAUUUCGGAAACAAAACAAAAAAUAUAAUUAAAUUAAAAUAUAAAUAAAAUUAAAAUAUAAAAAAAAAACAGAUAAAUCCAAUAAAAUUGUAUAGUAAAUAUUGAAAAAAGAAAAGAUAAAAAGAAAUUAAUUUAAAGUAAAAUUUAAAUCAACUUUAGUAUUAUAUUAUAUAUAUAUACGUACGCUGUAUAAAUUUCGGUAAAAGAACAUCAAAAUAAGACAAACUAAGAAAAAACAAACAAGGAAUGAUUUAAUCCUCACAGAAUAAAUAAUCAAUUUAUUAUACAUACAUAUAUGCUUACAUAUUUGAAAUUGUAGGAACUCUUAAAUAUUAACAUGACAGACUUAAAUUUUUAAAUUUAUAAAUUUUAUAUAUUUAGCUUCUUAACAAAAAGCUAACUAUUUGAAUUUAGAACACAAAUAUAACAUUAUAUUAAUUAAAAAAAAGUUAUUAAAAGUUAUUAAAACAAAAAACAUAUAUAUAUAUAUAUAUAUAUAUAUAUAUAUAUAUAAUAGAAUAUUUAUUUAAAUUUUUGUAUCGUAAAAUCUGAUGGAUGGAAAUGCACAAAAUAUGUACGGAAAUCAUCAAGGAGAUCCAUAUUACAGAUAUGAUCCGACAGCAACAGCAGCAAAUCCAAGACCAAUGGGUCCACCUGUUACUGGGGGUUAUACAAGACAUAGGCCACCUCACCCAUUACAACAACAGACACAAUACCCAUCGUACCAGCCACAGGCGGAAAAUAUGUACUCAAUGGGUACCCCGGAUCAACAUGGUGGACUUGGAAUGGCGGAUAUGAGUGGCUGGGGUCCACCGACCCCUCAAUCGAAUCAAGGUUAUCCAAAUCCUACACAGUUAGGUUCUUAUGGACAUCCGCAACCGGCACCUUCUCCACAAAGGCAACCACAAAAUCAACAAGGUUACCGACAACAUUUAGCAGCAUACCAACAACAAGAACAACCAAAAUUACCCUAUCAAUCACAACAAAACCUUAUGAGUAAUAUGAUGCCCCAAACUGGUGGAUAUGUUAACUUAGGGCAACAACAAUCACCACAACAACAGCAACAGCAGCAACCACAACCUCAGUCAAAUCAACAACAGAGAUUAACACAGCAUUAUCCACAAAGUGGUGGUCAUCCUAUGUAUACAAGUGGUCCACCAUCGCAACCCAAUCCUCCAUCGCAAUCACCUUACGCCAAUUAUGGGUCGAAUGCGACUGCUCCACCACCAAAUACAAUGCAACAUCAAACUGGACGGCCAAAUCAACAUAUAAAUUACGGUCACAAUACUUUAGAAUCACAUACUCCGGUGCCGACAUAUGGACAACAUAUGGCGAAUUCUGUUACGCCAUCAGGUCAUCAAAUGGGUACGCAAUCGCAGAAUCAAACGCAACAACAAACCCAUUUGCAGGGACAACAAAAUCAGCAACAACUACAUCCCAAUCAAGUUCCCAUGCCUUCGCAACAACAACAGCAACAACACGGUAAUACAGCGUCACUGCCUCCGACAAACACACCUCAUAUGCAGGCUCCGCAUGGUGGACAGCAAUCACAUUCAACACUUUUGCAUGCAAAUACACCAAAUGCAGUAGGAGGGCAACAUCAAAAUCCUCUAAUGGGUAAUUAUGGACUAUCUCAACAGCAACAACCGCAACAGCAGCAACAGCAGCAACAACCAUCACCGUAUAUGUCAAACAACAAACACCAAGCAGCUACGCAUGUUGGGAAUAGUCCGCAAUAUAGGGCACCUUUUUCACAACUUUCGCCUCAAAUGUCACCUAGACCGCCCCAAAUGUCGCCACAUUCCCAUUUGUCGCCACGAACAAAUGUAAUGUCACCAGCUAAACCACAGCAGCCUUCUCAAGGUCAAUCGCAACAACCUCAAAAUGCACAACAGCCUUCUCAAAAUGUGGCGCCACAAGCGCCUCAACAUAUUCAACAUCCAGCAUCAAACCAGCCUGGUUUGUCGAAUUUAUCGACUCCAAGACCUCCUCUGCAGCAGCAGCAGCAACCUCAGCAACCAUCAUCCUCUUCAAAAAAUUCUGUUCUGUCUGCAGUUCAACCUGUAAAUACAUUAGCCGCAUUGGAGCAGAUGGUAAUGCCUAAUCAAUCGAAUCCUAUUCCACCGAUUGGAAGUAUGACUGGAAACCCUAACGAUAUUGUUAAUUACCCUAAUUAUCAUAGGCAAACAUUGCCAAUGACGUCAUCACCAAUGGGGCCUAGAAUGCCAAUAUCUCCCCAACACCAACAGUGGAAUCCUUUGAUGGGUAUUCAACAGCAAAAUCAAGCGAUAAAUUCUAUGCCAGGUUCGACUCAAUCUCAAAAUACGCAACUUAAUUUAUACGCACAACAUCAAGGACAACCUGGUGUGUCUCCAUUACAACCUUCUGUUCCUAUAUCUCAACAUCAGCAUAUUUCUCCUCAAAAUUCUCAACAGCAGCAGCAAAUGCAUCCUUCAAACCAGACGCAGAUAUCUGAUCAAUUACAACAUCCAGUCAAUGAUAUCGUUACUCAUCAGCAAAGUCCUAUACCAGUCUCCGCAGGGGUAGCCGCGAAUAGUCUAGGAUCUCAAAUACCACAUUCGCAGCCACCUUCUUCUCAUCAAAUUCACAUGCCUCAGCAGCAAUCUUCACAUCCAUUAAGUUCUCAACAUGUUAAUACGCACGCGCCGCAAAAUAUUUUAAAUCAAUCAAUCACAGUUCCAGUUAGUAACCAAGUACCCCCUUCAACUUCUGUUUCUGUUCCCAUUUCUGGCUCAAUUUCUGUAUCAGAAAAUUCUUUAAUUAAUAAUACUAAUAAUAAUCAAUUGAUGCAAACUUUAAAUAACAAGCCGUUGGCCUCAAUGUCGGAACAAAACUCUACGCAACAACAUUUAGCGCAGAUAUCUCAAGGCCAACAGGCGCAGCAACAACAACAACACCCUUUAGUAGAUCCAUUUUCAAAUGUUCUAGAGACUUCCCUGUCGCCUCAAAGUCAUUUGCAGCAAAAUAUGAAUCAAAGAUCUUCAAAUCAGUUAUCCGCUCAACUGCAGCAACAGCAGCCGAUAAUAUCUCAAUCAUCUCCGUUACCGCAGCAGCAGCAAGAGCAGCAAAUACAAGUUCAGUCGCAGCAAAAAUUGCAAACAGAACAAACUUUAAAGCAACCACUUGAACAGCAACCAUUACAAGAGCAACAGCAGAUUUCUGAAACGCAAUCGUCAAUACAAGAUUUACAACAACAAAACAAAGAACAAGAGCAACAGCAGCUUCAACAAAAACAAUCUCAAUACACACAAGAGCACUUACAACCAGAAUUGGAGAAACAACAAGAGAUUGUUGGUGACUUACACCAACAACAGCAGUUGGUAACUGUUAAUCAGCAAUCUUCCCAAGAAUCUAUAAAGCAAGUUGUGAAAUCAGUAUCAGAAUUCCCACAGCCGUCUUUAAGCAAGGAUCAAAUUUCAGAAUCCUUAAUACCUCCUUUGAUGAAAAAUUUUGAAAACAGUUCUGAUAGUUCUACGUGUAAGAUAUCAGGAAGUGAGGCAAAUAUUAAUAAUGAUGGUCAAAAUAAUAUUGGUCAUAAAGAAAAAACUGACAAUGUUCCCAGUGAAUCUGAGUUAGAUGAAAAUAAUCAAAAAUUGCCAUCAUCUGAAAUUCAAAUUUCAUCUCAAGAAAUCGCUCUAAAAGAAGACAAUUUUGUUUUACCUCCAGAUCAGAACUCUCAAAGCUCUCAGCAAUCCAGUAAUAGUACUGCAGGUUCUGUCAAUAUAGGAUCUUUGAAUCAAAAUUCGCAAGGGUUAAAUAUAGCAGAUUACGAUACGUCAUCAAAUCACGCCUUAGUAAAUGCAGUUUCUAUUGUGGAAGAUGAAAAUACUAAUUGUACUACUAUAGAUGUUCCAAACUUAAGUAAAAAUGCUGAAGAAGAUGUAGAAGAUAAAUCAGAAAAAGAACAAGUUCAGCUUCAAAAUGAAGAGAUCAAGGAUCAAAGUGCAAAUACUGACCUAAUAUCUCCUAAAGAUAUUCUUGAAGAAAGUAGUAAAGAAUGUUCUACUACACAAAAUUCAGAUACUAAACCAGAAGAUCCUGAUGCAUCAAGUUUAAGUAAAAAAGUUGAGGAGGAAACCGUUUCAAAUGACAUUCAAAAAUGUGCUAAUGUUUCCACUGCUUUGGAUAAACCGGAGGAUCAAAAAGAGAAUGAAACAAAACACUCAUCUAAUGAAGAUGUCUUACCCUCACAAGUUCAAAUCCAUUCUAUUAAUUCUGAAAAUUUACCAUCACCCACUUUAUCAACCUCGGUACCGUCUGCCUCCACUGCAACUUCAACCACAGUACAAUCAACACCAGAGUCAUCGACAACAACUACUUCAACAACAGUUUCUACAACAACAAUAUCUUCAACAGAUACACCAAUAACAACAUCAACUUCGAUUUCAACUUCGACGCCGACUACAUCACCUACACCAGUAAUACCUUUAACAACAUCACCAUCAACAACAAUACCAUCUGCAACAGUACCUCCAACAAUAAUAACUUCAACAACACUUUCUUCGUCAAUACUUUCCCCUGCAAUACCAACAAUAACAAUAUCAUCAUCGGCAAUACCUUCCUCAACCGUACCAACUGUUCAACCUAUAAGUUCAGUUCUGCACCAACAGCCAGCAUAUGGUGUUCCAGGAAGUAUAACUACCAUGCACUCUAUUUCUCAGCAUCCCGGGAUUAUAGCACAAGGUGUAAUGCCUACAUUUGAAGGAACCUAUGGCUCGAUUGUGGCGGGUCAGUAUCCUAAUCCUCCACAGCUUGCGACUUAUACUUUUACUCCGAGUCCAAUAUUAUCUCAUCAUCAAGAGAAGUCAUCACUUCAACAGCAAUUAACAGAGCUUUACUGUCAACCACCGAGUGCAGAAGUUCAAGAAAAAAUUAUGCGUUUACAAGAACGUUUAAAUAUUUUACAAGCACAUGAAAUUACCGAUAAAUGUAACGGUGGACCUACUUGUAUUUUGCAAAGUGCACUUUAUUCACAGUCGCAAAUGGUGGAAAGCCCACAGGUUUCAAGCACUACUGGCCGGGGUCGUGGUAAAGGAUCGACUAAACCCAGAAAACCCCGUCUAAAAAAAGCUGAUAAAAUUGCUUUAUCGCAAUCUUCUCAAGCACAGUCUAGUGAAGAAUCCAGUCAAACAAUUAUACCAUCGAAUCUACCUGUAUCUGAAGAUUGUGUAACACAAGGUGCUGGAGAUAAUUCAAUAGCUACUAGUAUGGAAUUUAAUGAUACUGGAGAUAUUUCACUUGAUAAUUCUUCCAGUGAGUUGCUCGAUACCUCAACAGACAAGAAACUGAAAAAACCAAGGAAGCCACGGCAACCUAAAGAUCCGAAUGCUCCUCCUAAAACUCCUAAAGAUAAGUUGUUGAAAGAUAAAAAGAAAAAAGAUAUUAAUGAUGUGACGGAUUCCACGGAAAAACCGAAAAAGAAACAAGGACGAAAGAAAAAGUGUGAAACUUUAGAUGAAAAAUUGGAAACUUCGGACGAAGCGGAUGCUUCCAAAUCUGAAAUAACCGCAGAUACUACUGAGAAGGGAACUGAAGAUGAACAAUCUACAAAUGCAGAAACAAAGGGAAUACUAGAUAGCUCUGGAGCAGAUGCGACUGAUUAUGACGAUAUCCCAGUGUCUAAAAUUCCUAAAGAAAAACAUUCAGAAGAUAAAGAAGAUAAAGAAGAAAAGAAGGAAGGGGAUGACUCUGUUGUUGAUUCGGCUACACCUGGAACCGGAGGUAAGAAAAAGAAACGUGGGCGUGAUCCUUCGACCCCUUCUUCUAGCAGAAGACGAAAUUCUCUUGGAAAAAUUGGGAAAAAGCGUAAAAACAGAGGGCGAAUAGUACCAGAAUCAGACGGAGAAGCUGAUGAUUUAAUAGAAACUCCACCGCCAUCACCACCCCCUGAUUCAGAAAUUGAUAGUUUGAAACGAAGAUCAGCUCGUAAUACCCAACGUAAAAAGUAUACAGAUGAUGUUUUAUUACGUUUAUCGGAUGAUGAAAUAGACUCUAUGCUAGUUGCUAGCGCGACCAAUAGAAGAAAGAAAAAAGAAAAAGAUAAAGAUGAAUCUACUACUACCAGUGCAGCUCCUUCGAAUGUAAAUAGUGAUACGGAAAAAGGUGAAAAUAGUACAACGGUAGAUGGACCAGAAAACACUGAAGCAAGCAUAUCGGCAGCUGCUAGUACUACUUCUGAAACCGCAAUGAGUGGUGAAAAACAGCUUAUUGAAGCAAAUUUAGAAGAUAAAAGUGAGAAAAAUUUGGAAACGAGCAAACCUAAUUACGUAUAUGUUAAUACUGGGGAUGAAGAUUCUAUGGUCGUACAGUAUGUUCUUGCUGUUAGAAUUGGAAAAAGAGAACUUAAACCGGAACCAAUUCCCUCACCAAAAAGGGAAGAAGAAAAGAAAACUGAAUCAGAAAAAGCUGAAGACCAACAAGAAGAAGCAAAGGAAAACCUUGAAGAUAAAACCGAUGCUGAUGUAAAUUCAUCAUCAAAAACUGAACAAGUUACCGAAGCUGACAACAAUGAUGAGGAUAAAAAGAAAGAUGAUGAAAAGGAUAUUGAUAGCAAGGGUAGUGCUAAAACUGAUGCUUGUGAAAAUGACGAUGAUAAGAUGGAGGUUGAUACUGAAAAACUUUCUGAAACUAAAGAUGAAUGCGUAGAAAAAGGAAGUGGUCUUUUUGAAGAGGAAGAAAAAAAUGUUAAAGAAGUAGACAAGGAAGAGAAAAACGACGUUAAAAAGGAAUCUGAAAUUGAUAAUGAAAAAAUUAAAAACCAAGAAAAAAAUGUUGAACAAAAUAACAAAGAUGAUUUAAUAGAAUCAAAAGAAAGUGAAAAAAUUAAAGAUGAAAGCAAAUCCAACCAGUCCCAAAGCGACAAAACUACAGAGGAAAUGGAAACAGAUGAAGAAAAAGUUGAAACUAAAACAGAAACUGUUGAAGAAAGUAAGGUGGAAAAAAUGGAUAUCGGAGAAGACUUUGAGGCGCAAAUUGACAGUGAAAUUGAAAAGGCUAGAGCUGAGAGUGAAAAUAAAAAUCAGAGUAUUUUGGAAAAAACUGUGACACCUCAAGAAGAAGCAGAAAAUAAAUCCGAAAUGGAAAAAGAAAUUGAAAGCGAAUCUGAAGUAAAGCAGAAUACGACUAAAUCUGAAAGUGAUUCCGAUGAUGACGAUGAUGAUGAUGACAAUAAAUCUAAAACAGAACCAAUAUUUAUUGAAGUUGAAGAGUAUUUAGUGAAAUACCGAAACUUUUCAUAUUUACAUUGCGAGUGGCACACGGAAGAAGAACUAUUUAAGGGUGAUCGCCGUAUUACAGCUAAAAUAAAACGAUUUCAACAAAAGCAAGCUCAGCAAAUGAAUAUAUUUGAUAAUAUAGAAGAAGAGCCUUUCAAUCCAGAUUUUGUUGAGGUGGAUAGAAUUUUAGAUGUUUCCGAACAUACAGAUAGUCAAACUGGAGAAGUAACAAAACAUUAUCUUGUUAAGUGGAAAAGUUUGCCAUACGAAGAUUGUACUUGGGAGUUAGAGGAAGAUGUUGAUGAGAUCAAGGUUCAACAAUAUUAUACAUUUAAUAAAAUACCUCCAAGGCAAGAAUGGAAAAUUAAAAAGAGACCAAAAGCAGAAGAUUGGAAAAAAUUAGAAAAAACUCCUGUGUAUAAAAAUGAUAAUACUUUGAGACCAUAUCAAUUAGAAGGCUUAAAUUGGUUGAAAUUUUCUUGGUAUAAUGGUCAUAAUUGUAUUUUGGCAGACGAAAUGGGUCUUGGAAAAACAAUUCAAAGUUUAACCUUUGUCCAUUCUGUAUGGGAAUACGGGAUACGAGGACCAUUUCUUGUUAUUGCUCCAUUGAGUACAAUUCCGAAUUGGCAAAGAGAAUUUGAAGGGUGGACUGAUAUGAAUGUUAUUGUGUAUCACGGAUCUGUAACAAGCAAACAAAUGCUCUCAGAGUAUGAAUUUUAUUAUAAAAAUGAUAAAGGCAAGGUUAUUAACGAUAUUGCAAAAUUUAAUGUACUAAUUACAACCUUUGAAAUGAUUGUGACCGAUUAUGCCGAUUUGAAGAAUUUUAAUUGGAGGGUUUGUGUAAUAGACGAAGCACACAGGCUUAAAAAUCGUAAUUGCAAAUUGUUGGAAGGUUUAAGACAACUACAUCUUGAACAUAGAGUUUUACUCUCCGGAACCCCAUUGCAAAACAAUAUUAGUGAAUUAUUUUCCUUAUUGAAUUUCCUAGAACCUAAUCAAUUUUCAUGUGCAGAAACAUUUUUAAAAGAGUUCGGAAGUUUAAAAACAGAAGACGAAGUUAAUAAAUUACAAGCACUUUUGAAACCAAUGAUGUUAAGAAGAUUGAAAGAUGAUGUAGAGAAAUCUUUAGCUCCAAAAGAAGAAACAAUUGUCGAAGUGGAAUUAACAAAUAUACAAAAGAAAUACUACCGCGGUAUAUUGGAAGCAAACUUUUCAUUUUUAAAGAAAGGUACAACAUCUGCGAAUAUUCCAAAUUUAAUGAAUACUAUGAUGGAACUGAGAAAAUGUUGCAUACAUCCAUAUUUAUUAAACGGAGCCGAAGAUCAGAUUCAAUAUGAUCAUAGACUUCAGCAUGGCGAAGAUCAUGAGGCUUAUUAUAAAAAUUUAAUAGCAUCAGCAGGAAAAAUGGUUCUGAUAGAUAAAUUGUUGCCGAAAUUAAAAGCUAAUGGACAUAGAGUUUUAAUUUUUAGUCAAAUGGUGCGAUGUUUAGAUAUUUUAGAGGAUUAUUUAAUGUAUAAAAAAUAUACAUUUGAGAGAAUUGAUGGCAGAAUUCGCGGAAAUCUUCGUCAAGCUGCUAUUGAUCGGUUUUCUAGACCAGAUUCUGAUAGAUUUGUAUUUCUAUUAUGUACAAAAGCUGGUGGAUUAGGUAUUAAUUUAACAGCAGCUGAUACUGUAAUAAUUUAUGAUAGUGAUUGGAAUCCACAAAAUGAUUUACAAGCUCAAGCUCGCUGCCAUCGUAUUGGCCAACAAAAAAUGGUGAAAAUUUAUAGACUCCUUUGUCGUAAUACAUAUGAACGUGAAAUGUUUGAUAAAGCUUCCUUAAAACUGGGUUUGGAUAAGGCUGUACUGCAAAGUAUGAAUACAGUGCAAGGAGGGAAAGAUAGUAGUAACAGACAACUUUCCAAAAAAGAAAUAGAAGAUCUUCUUAAAAAAGGAGCUUAUGGGGCCGUAAUGGACGACGAUAAUGCAGGUGAUAAAUUUUGCGAAGAGGAUAUUGAUUCAAUAUUACGGCGACGUACUCAGGUUAUAACAAUGGAAAGCGAAAAAGGUUCUACUUUCUCAAAAGCUUCAUUUGCUGCUAGUGGCAAUCGUUCUGACAUCAAAAUUGAUGAUCCCGAUUUCUGGAACAAAUGGGCGAAAAAAGCUGAUAUAGAUCCUGAUGCACCAGAAAAAGAUGAAAAUGAUGAAUUAGUUUUAUCUGAACCUCGCAGAAGAACUCAAAUUAGAAGAUACGGACAUGAAGAUGUAGUCGAUAUGUCCGGUGACUCUUCUAAUGAUAAUAGUGACGAAGACAGUAUCGGUUUGAGAAGUAGAAGAAGAAAAGAAAAGUUAGCUAAGCGCAGAUUGAAUAAUGAAGACUAUAUCCCAAGAGAGAGAGAUACUUUAGCUGCAUUAGGAAUGGAGGAAGUUCAGUAUGGAAACUGGGCAAAAUCAGAAUGUUUUAAAGUUGAAAAAGGUUUAUUAUCAUUUGGAUGGGGAAGAUGGCCUGAAAUUCUCGAAUUAGGGCAAUUCAAAAGAGGUUGGGUUGAAAAAGAUGUUGAAGAUUGUGCAAGAAUUAUACUUCUAUAUUGUCUCGUCGUGUAUAAGGGGGAUGAAAAAAUCAAAACAUUUAUUUGGGAUCUUAUUACACCAACUGAAGAUGGGGAACUUCAAAAGAUUAGCAGAGAUCAUAGUGGUCUGCAUAAUCUUGUACCAAGAGGUAGAAAUGCUAAAGGGCGGAAUGGUGGUAAAACACAGGGAGGUAAAGAAAUUCCUGAAUUAAAAAUUGAAAAAGAAAUUCCUAAAGAAGAUCAAAUUGAUCCAAACCAUUGGAGUAGACAAGAAAAAUAUGAUGCCGAAAGUUUCUUAGAAGGUGCAUAUAAGAAACAUUUAGGGCGUCACGCCAAUAAAGUCUUAUUACGAGUAAGAUUAUUGUAUUAUAUACAACAUGAAGUUAUUGGUGAUUUAGUCCAACAAAUUAAAGAUGGUAUUAAUAUCAGUGAGAUCCCUAUUCGCCCUCCAACAACACCUGAUCAAGUACCAGCUGUUUGGUGGAAUCAAAAUUGCUGUGACAAAAGUUUACUAGUUGGAACAUUUAAACAUGGUUGUGAAAUGUAUAGACUUAUUAGAUCUGAUACAACAUUAUGUUUUCAUACACAUAUUGGUGCUGGUGAUGAUGCUUCUAAUACAAUCACAAACGUUGAAGAUGAUUCAAAACUGGGUGAAGAUAACGAGGAGCCAGAUGAAGAUGGAAACGCCACAAAAGAUUCAGAUUCAGUUAAACAAAAUCCAGAAAAUUCUAAUAAUUUACAACUGAAAUCGCAAAUCGUAGAAGGUGAAAAUGAAAGACCAAGUUCAUCUGGGCUAGAAGAAGAAGAAAGUGGAACAGGAAGCUAUCCACCUACAAAUCUACCACCUGCUGAUGAAAAUGCAUGGCCCUCGAUGCAAGAUCUAAAUACUCGACUAAGGAGAGUUAUAACGUCAUACCAAAGAAAUUAUAAAAAAGAAGAAUUAAAGAUGCAACAGAAAGCUAAAUUACAAGCGUUGGUUACUGCACCACCACAAUUACCUUCGCAAAAUGGAUCUGGAAUUAGUGGGGUUCAAAUAAGCUUACCACAAGGGCCACUACAAAAUAUUAAUCAGACUCAACAGCAAUUACAGCAACAGCAGCAACAACAACAACAACAACAGCAUAUUCAACAACAGCAGUUGCUGCAACAACAACAACAACAGCAACAACCUCAACAGCCGCAAUCUGCAAUGCCAUCAGUACAUCAGCAAUUAAACUCACAACAAAUGGGUAAUUUGCCAAUAUCUGGUUUAAAUGUUGCUGGACCUCCUACAGGAACGGGAGCUUUAGUUGGUCAAUCUGGUACUGUAAUAAUUGGUACACCGUCUGGGGGUUCAAGUGGUAUGAAUCCGAUUACAUCAACAAACCCAACAAAUAUCCAAAAUCCUAAUCAAAAUAUAAUGAAUGUAGCACAAAGUAGUGGUAAUGUUAUCGGCAAUAAUUCAAUGCAACAAACAAAUUCUCAAAAUAUAUUACAACAAACAUCACAAGCACCACAAACAAGUCAAUCGAAAAUAAUACCUUCCCAGCAACAGCAACAACCAUCAACGCAACUUCAACAGCAGCAGCAGCUUCAACAACAUAAUCAACAACAACAACAGCAACAACAACACCAACAUCAGCAACAGCAGCAACAACAGCAGCAACAACAACAGCAACAACAACAAUCACAUGCUGCCUUAGCCGCUGCCAUUGCUUCUUUAUCAGGAAAUCAAAUAACAACUGCAGCUGAUAUCGGACUAAUGUUGAGUUUAUUGAAUCCUAAUGAUGCCAGCCAAUUGGCCAAUUUGGAUCUCAAUAAAUUGGCUAUGUACUUGAAAAUGGAACGCCAAGGUAAACUUGAACAACAAGCUAAAGAACGUGAAAGACAGAGAUUUGAGAGUAUACCAAAAAAAUGGAAUCGCCGUGAGGAAUAUGAAUUUUUAAGAGUUCUAACAGGCUAUGGCAUAGAUGUUCAUCAGCAUUCAAAUACAGUUAUAGCUCCUGAUUGGUCUAAAUUUAAACAAAUGGCUAAUUUACAGCGUAAGUCCGAUGAAACUUUAAAUGAUUAUUAUAAAGUAUUUAUUGCAAUGUGCAAAAGAGUUGCUGGAGUAAAGUUAAGCGAAAAUGAAAAAGGUUUAGAAGGUAUUAUAGAAGACAUUAGUGAAGAUCAUGCAAAACUUAUCUUAGAUAGAUUAGAACUAUUGUCUAAGCUUAGAGAAGUAUCAAAACAUCCCGGGUUAGAUCAAAGUCUGAAAUUAUGUAUGAAUAAUUUCGAUACACCAGAUUGGUGGGAAUCCGGUAAACAUGAUAAAGAAUUGGUGGCAGCUGUGUUAAAGCAUGGUCUUUAUAGAUCCAAUUGUUUCAUAUUUAACGAUCCGACAUUUAGCUUUAGUGAAUCUAUUAAGCGUUUCGAAAAAGAAUUAGAGGCACAACUUCAAAAAUCCAUUAAGGUUGACGUAUCGUCUAUUUCGCCAACUGUUCCUGAGGUGGAGUUAGAAGAAAGAUUGUCGAAAAAAGAAGACAUCAAACCAGAUUCUAGUCCAGAAGGACUUAUUAAAUGUAAAUUAGAAGAAGUUGAAAAUCUGAACGAAGAAAAAGCAGAUAUAACAGCAGUAAAAAUUGAAAAAACGGAGUCUGAGUCGGAAAACAAAGAAGAGAAGGAGAAAAAUGAUUCAAAAAAAACAGAAGAAACAGUAAUUGAAAAAACUGAAGAAACUGUAAAAGCAAAAGAAGGAGAAAAUUCUGAAAUUUCUUCUAAAAAUAAGGAAAAUGAUAAUGACGGUGAACUUGAUAACGAAAAAGAAAAACUAGAAAAGGAGAAUGAAACUGAUGAGACAAAUGAUAACAAUUCAAAGAAUGAAGACAAAAAGACUGACUUGGAAAAAGCUGAUAACAAAAUGUCUGGAGAACAUGUAACAGAGAAGGCUGACGAAGAAAAGAAAGAGGAAAAUGAAAAAACAGGUAAAGAAAAUGUAGAAGACGCUGCGACUGAAGAUGAGGUUUGUAUUGUUAAAGAAAGCAAUAACACAGAAAAGUUAAAUGAAUCAAAAGAAGAGUCAAGAGAAAUUCUAAAUGAAGAAGAAAAACAAAGCGAAAGUACAAAAUCUGAGCCAAUAGCUGAAGAAGUGAAAACUUACGAAAGCAUUGAUUUAGUGUCGCCUAUUGGAAAUGGAGAUCCCGAUGAUGACGAAGUCAUGAAAGAAAAAGAAAAAGCAGUUGAAGAAGAAUGUAAAAAACAGGCUGCGGAACUCAAAGCAAGAUUUCCAGACUUGGAAGUUAUUCAACCGCAAGUAAAAUGUAAAGUCGAAAAAGAAAAACCCAAAGUUGAAAACAUGAUGCUUGUACGUUGGUUCAAAGAUUUUGCUUUGGAAAAAAGAAUUUCACACAUUAUAACAUGUGUGGAAAAAGGAGAGUGGCCUGUUGGAAAAAAUUAUUCUGCCUACACAGGAUGUCAAGGUGUUGAUUUAGAUAUUCCUUUACAUGAAACAAUUAUGCAUAUGAAUUUAACUGAACGUCAAUCUAUCACACCUGAUAUCAUUACAAUUACAACUGAUCAAGGUGUGUCAAAACAUUUACAAAACCAACUUUCCGCGCCAUCGCCGGUUAUUCCUGGGAUUCCUAGUACUAGUGGAUUAAUAAGUCCUAUCUUACCCACUACGCCAUUGCAGAAUCCUAGUAAUUUAAAUAAAACAAAUAACAUUAAUCAAAAUCCAAACCCUAGUAUUAAUAGCAAUAACAACACUAAUAAUAACCCAAAUCCGUCCGCAAUACCUGGACAAUCAAAUAUGAAUACACCUCCUGUACCUCCAGUUAUAAACCAAAUUCCCGUUGUUCCUGCACCGCCUAGCGCUCAAAGUACGCCAAAUACAACUCCAGCUACGUCAACGGGCAACAGUGGCAAGAAAAGGAAGAGACACAUUGCUAUUGAUGUGGAAACGGAACGGGCUAAAUUACACGCUUUACUAAAUAGCAGUCAGGUUACGAUUACGCCCCCCAAACAAAAUUGGGAUGAAGAAGCUCCAAGUGAGACGUCUUCGUCGAGAAAGAAUACCCCGUCAUUACCAUUGCAGCCGCCUCCGGCUCAUCAGCAUCAAUCUUUAAGUAGACAGCCAACAAUGCCUUUUAAUAAACCCACGUCAACUAAGACUCAACAGUCGUCAAUGGGGGCUAUUGAUUUAUCCGCUAGCCUACCUUACAGUAUUCCGAAAAUGAAUGUCGCUGAUAUGCUAAAAUCUCCAAUUGAUUUAAGUGAAGUGCAAGAUUUUUCAAUGAGCUCUAAGAAAUCGUCAAAUAUUUUAUCAUCUCCAAUGCCUAGUCCUGCAUCAACAGCACCCAGCAAAGGAAAGUUAGAUGACACAUUAUCAAAAUUAAUGAAGAAAAAUAAUUGUACAUUGGAGGAACCUGUUGUUGGUAAAGAGAAGAAACGAAAGAAGCUGGAUGAAAUAGUUUUGGGAUUGUCAGCAGCUAAGGAACAGAAAACGUUCCCGGAUCCGUCAUUACCAUCAUCCAAAAAACCGCAAAUAGCACCUAGCGUCACUGUCACGCCAGCUAAUAUGCCAGUUUCUUCAUCUCAAAAUGCGAAUAACCAAAAGCCAUUCUCUAUUACCGUGACAAGUGUUCCGGGAAGGAGCUCACAAUCUUCAAAAUCAUCUAAUCAAGCGCAGGCCUCGUCUUCGAAUUCACAAUCUGGUUUAGCAGCUCUUCAAAAUAUGGCAAUGGGGGGUGCUGGUUCUUCUAAAGAUAAUUUGACAGCCUUUUUGGCUCAAACUAUGUCACAAGAUCCACAAACUUUCUUAAAACAACAACAAAAAAUGAUGCAAUCUUUGCCUGCUUCACAAAGGAAAGCCUAUGAAGGAAUGCUAGCUGAUAUGAAGCAAGCCAUGGAAAUGACCGCGAAAUAUACACCGCAUGAUGCUAAAGUGAAUAAAUGGCUAGCAGAGCAGAACGCUGCCCUCAAUGAGCAAUUAAAUUUAGAAUAUAGACGCUCUACACGGCAACAUAGCUCUUCCGGUCAAUCACAAAAAUCGUCCCAACAGCAACAACAGCAUCAACAGCAACAGCAACAACAACAACAACAGCAACAACAACAGCAGCAACAACAAUUGCAACAACAACAUCAAGAUUCGCAUUCACAUUCACAAAGGCAAUCAGAAUCAAGUUCAAGACAACAGGAAUCGCAGCGUCAGCACGAACAGCGUCAUCAGCAGCAGAAUCAACCACUGACGCCACAAAACUUAACUGGUGAAGAAGCUGUUCCAGUUAUUCAUAAACAAACCGGAAAAAGGCUUAGUGGCAGUAAAGCACCGCAAUUAAAACGUUUGAUGCAGUGGUUGAGCGAAAAUCCAGCGUAUGAAGUUGACCCUAAAUGGUUGGAAAUGAUGCAAAAUCCAAUGUCUGCACCAUCCCCUAAACCAUCACCCGUGGAUAAUACCUCUAGUAAAUCGCAUAGUGGCGGUAGACCAUCAUCGACGUCUAGCAAUACUUCAUCUAGCGGUAUGCCCUCACAACAGCCACAAAGUCAACAGUCGUCUUCUAAGAAAUCACGUUCUUCGACAAGUGGGUUAGACGCUACGGCUAUGCAAUUCGCUAGUUUGGCUGGAUUAAACCCCAACCUUCUAUCUGGUCUGCCAGGGCUAGGAGCUUUUGAUCCAAAGAAUCCGUUGUUGAUGCCAUUUGCGGGAAUGCCAGGCCUAGGCUCUUUAAGUGGGCUUGGUAAUUUGAAUAAUAUGAAUUUAUUUGCAAAUUUGGCUGGUUUAGGUGGUCUUGGUAAUUUAGCUGGAAUGGAUACACAAAGCUUGGCAGCAUUAAUGGCAGCAGCAGGCACUACUGGUUUGGGUGGUUUAUCUGGUGUUGGCAAUACUGGUUCAGGUUUAUCUAAAUCAAGUAGCUCUCAAGGAAGCUCAAGUAAAAAACAGAAAUUAGAUUCUAAUCAACAACAAAGUAGUAGCUCAUCAAAUCAAAGCAGCUCAGGAAAAAUGUCCACUUCAAAUUCUUCUACUUUGUCAAAUUCAAAUUCUAGUGCAACAAAUUCUGCCGCAAAUUCAGCUUUCCCAUUUUUGUUUCCCAAUCCAGGACUUUUAUAUCCGCCUUUAGGACUAGGGGGUUUGAAUCCUUAUUCGCUUAGUUCAGCUAGCCUAUCAGCUUAUGAUCAAUUAGCGCAACAAUAUAGCUUGUUAAACGGUGGUCAAGGUAAUAAUAGUGGACCAACAUCAAGUUCCAAUUCAGGAAAUAGUUCUCGGCAAUCUCAAAGUAAGUCUAGCUCCUCAAGAUCAGGAAGUAGUGCUUUAGGUUCGAACUCGCAUUCUAAUAAUAGUGGUGGAAAUUCAUCAUCCAGUAGUCGGAACCGUGGCUCGGCCUCAAGUCGAAACACUUCUGAAUCAUCGCAGUUGUCUAGUUUAUUGAUGUCAAAUACUGAUACACAUUUAUUAGAGUCUUUAAGUAGAAUGACUGGAAUGGACAUUGCACAAGCAUCUAAAUUAAUGCAACAAAUGGGAGGUUUACCUUCAACCUCACAAGGAAAUUCAAGUUCCGAGAAACGUUCAAGUUCUUUGUCUUCGUUGGCGAAACAACAAGAAGCUUUAGAAAGACAAGCGGCGAAGGAACAACAAAAGUGGAUGGAAAGCCUAGCCAGAGGAUUGCAACCCGAUUUAGCUACGUUGCAAGCGUUUUCUCAAGGAAAAAUGCCAUCCCUGUCAUCAAGUGGUUCUUCAAGCAAAAGUGGUUCUUCGAAAAGCAAUCAAAAUGCUGCAGCUGCUGCAGCUGCGGCAGCAGCAGCCGCUAUGUCUUCACUACCCUUACCUUCAAAUGACUUCAGUUCUGCACUUUUAGCUGAAAUGGCUCAAGCUAUGGCAGCUGUUGAAAGAGGAUCUAACCCUGGAAUAUCCUCCAAUUCAAGUAAUUCUGGAAAUUCAAUGUCGGGACCAUCUUCGUCUUCAUCUAGCAAACGAAAUCGCGACCAAGAAAUGAAAGACGCUUUUGAACAAUUUAGUAAGCAGCAAAUGGAUCUUUACACAAGAACGUUAGGGUUAGGUUCUGGUAUCUCAUUAAUUCCUACGUCUUCCAUGGGUAGUAACGACGAUCAUCAUAAGUCAAAAAGAUCCCGCAAUGACUCUUAUACGUCAUCUAGUAACACAAAAGAUGAAUUAACUGCGAUUCCACUCAAUUUGGGUGGUCUUGAUAAAAGCCAUGGUCGCCAUUCUAGUGAUUCACAUAAUAUGGAUAAAGUAACUUUAACGCCGGUUGCAGCAGCAGCUAGUAUAGCAGCUAAUUUACCUUCGCAAACCACGAUAACCAUAGCCCCGCCUAUUGGCUCUGGUGCUAGCUCUAGUAGCGAAAGGAGUGAACGUAGUGAAUCUGGUCGUAGUAGUUUGACUAUAACUGAAGCAUCAACUGGUAAACAGGUUCCAAUCGAUACUGAGUUAGAAGAACUAUCCAUACAAAAUUUACGCGAUGUUGCGAAAAAACAACAACAACAAUCACAGCAACAAUCUCCAUCGGGCAGUACUAUAGAUUUAUGUAAAAAUAUUUCGGAAAAGCGAUAUAAUGAGCCACACACUGAUUCCAGAGGAGAACGUGAAUCAAGCAGGCGUAAUGACUCAUAUCAACAGCACAAUGAACAAUAUUCGGAUGAUACACCUACGUCACGGCAUGAAUCAAAAGAUCAUCAUCGUAGCUCCUCCGAUCAUCAUCGCAGUAGUACCUCAGAUCAUCAUCGUUCUUCUGAAUCAUCGUCAACAAGUGAUCAUCAUGAGACACAUGAAACUGGUCGUAGAUCUUCUGGUAGAUUAAAACGCCCACGCUCCGGAGGGGUAGAUAAUACUAAUAUGGAUCCCCCAGCAGAAAAACGUAGUUUAAGAGAAUUACGUUCAACCCGUUCAACAAGACAAAGUGAGAGACACAAUGAAAGUUUAAAUUUAUCAACAGGGAAUAGCUCCCAUAAUGAUGAUUGAGAUUUAAGGAAAUUUAGGAACAAUAGAAAUUUAAAUAGGAGGAAAUAAUUUUAAAUUGAAGUAUUGUUUAUAACAUAAUUAUUUGAUAUAGACGAAUGCAUAAUGAAAAAAAAACAACAUAUUUAUUAAUUCCAACUAUAAAAGUUUUAAAAAAUUUUUCAAUAAUAUUCUCAUUACCUUUUUUGCCUAAAUUGUGUAUGUGUGUUUUUUUAUGGGUCUUUAACAAUUCUUUAUUUUUGUAAGAAACAAAAGUGGUAAAGAAAUGGAAGCUCUUGGGAACCAAGCUUGUGUUACGAUAAAAUCUAAAUUAAUUUAUUAUGACUUUCAAAAUUGCAAAAUUUCACAUUACUUAACUUAUUAAAAAAAUAAAUUUUAUGUUAUAAAAUUAUUGAAUUAAAAUACACAAAUGCGCUGUUGCGAAUUUGAUAACUUAUAUAUAACUUUUUAUAAAAUAUUUAAAUGAUGACUGUUAAAAACUAGGUACUCUAAUUAAUUUUGAUUAAUAAAAAAAAACAUAAAAUAAAGGGCCUCUUAUUGAAUCCCUAUUUAUUUUGAUAUAUAAAAAAUUAAUUGUGUUUCAUUGUCAAUAACAAAAUGUAAAACAUUUAUAAAUGAAAUAACACAGAAAAUAUAAGUAUAAAAAUAAUUAAUUAAUUAAUUGUUUAAUUACGUUUUGAUAUUAUUUAUAUCUGUCAUUCAAAGACAGUAUAGAAUAAGAUUAAUUAUAUAUUUUUUUAGGUUAUUAGCGAAAUAACACUAAAAUUUUAUAAAAUAAUUUUGCAUUAAAUUUUCAAAAUAAAAAAGUUUACGAAAAGUUUAUUUCAUAAUUUGAAAAAAAUUCAUAUAAAAAUUUUAAAAUUGCAACAACAAAUAAGAAAGCAACUAGACGAUUAUUUAAUUUUUAUUAGAUAGAAAAUUUUUUCAAAUACUUUCUUUAUAAACAUUUUUCUUUAUAAUAAUUUAGAGUUAUUUUGCUUUUAGCCUAAACAAAUUUAAAAUGUAUUAUAUAGAAAAUUUUAAUUCAGACUUUCUAAAUAUAUAGAACUAAGUAGAUGAUUUAUAUUGUAAAAGUUACAAGUUAUAAAAAAAAGCAAAUGUAAGAACAAUUAACUAUAAAAAUAUCUAUAUAUUAAAAAAUAGGAUAAAAAAAUAAUAAAAAAAAAAUAAAAAAAUAACAUAAAUUUAUGCGCUUUAACAAUGAAAAGUAUAUAAAUAAAAAAUAAUUAUAUAAUUUUUAAUUAAACAAUAUUAUGCUUACAAUUGAAUUAACGUAUUAUGCA